AUGACAGAAUUUGUUCGAUAUUUUGAGGAAGGGAUGGUUUAUCAGGAUGAAACACAGCUUCACAGAAUAAAUCGUACUUCAGGAGAGAGAGUGGAUAUGUCUACCUAUGAUUUUUUUUAUAGUAUCAACUUUAACCAUGACUCGUCCUUACUGUGUGUGUCCAGUGAUCAUGGAACAGUUCACAUAUUUGCAGUAGAAGACUCUAAGAAGAACAAACAGUCCAGCCUAGCAUCAGCAACUUUUCUUCCCAAAUACUUUGCAUCGAAGUGGAGUUUUUCCCGUUUCCAAGUUCCCGAUGGUGCACACUGCAUCUGUGCCUUUGGUGCUGAUCCUAAUUCUGUGAUAGUUAUCUGUGCAGAUGGUAGCUACUACAAGUUUGUUUUCAACUCCAAGGGGGAGUGCAGCCGAGACGUUUACACCCAAUUUCUGGAGAUGACAGAUGAUAGAGAUGAGAAGUCAUAAUAAAUCAAACAGGUUAAAACAAAACAGCAAAAUGACAGAGCCAAUCAUGGUGGAGAACCUUUCUUCUGUCAUUUCUUGGUGGUCAGAAAUGAAAAGUAAAAUAUGAAACUGAUAAUUUCUUUCUGAAUAUCUUCAGCUGUAAUUCAACAUUUUGUAAGAACUCAGUAAGUUGAUGAUAUGGUUCCAGUACCUUUAUUCAGAAAGGUUGUACAGUACUUGAGUUUUUGUUUCUAAGUAUUUGAAGACUAAAGACAUUGUCAGCAAUUAUUAUUUGACAAA